AUGGCCAUCGCGUUGCUAGUCCUGUGUGGGUCUCAGCUGCCAGACAAACAUUUGGAGGCAGAGGUGGAAGCCGUGCAGCCCAGGGACUUCACCGUGAAGGACAUCGUCUACCUCCACCCUUCCACCACACCGUAUCCUCACGGAUUUAAAUGUUUCACCUGCGAAAAGGCAGCAGAUAAUUACGAAUGCAACCGAUGGGCUCCGGAUGUCUAUUGUCCAAGAGGUACAAGAUACUGCUUUAGCCAACACAUGAUGAAAGUUACUGGAGAAAGCGUAUCCGUCACCAAACGCUGUGUACCAUUAGAGGACUGUCUGUCUACGGGAUGCACCUACGUAAAGCAUGAAGAAUACAAGAUCUGCACCUCCUGCUGUGAAGGAAGCAUCUGCAACUUGCCACUACCAAGGAACACAACAGACGCCGUAUUUACAACCCUCUCCCCCCUCAACAAAACACAGAGACUUUCUCAGCCCGUCCUGCUGACAACGGCGUGUCUCUGGUUGGGGCUGAUGUCACAGCACUGGGUCACGUUGCCACGCGUGGCGGGUCCGGGCAGCUGA